UCUCUCGGCCUAUAAAGCUGCAACAGCUGAUCUCGUGCAUCAGAAAGAGCCGCAGCUCCGCACGCGCCGAAGAGAGAAGAAGGGAGAGACCGAGUGGCGGAGAGGAGAAGAGAGUGAAAGAGAGAGUUAGCGACACUGAGAUGAGCUGUUCUGGUCUUCCAACUGCAGUUUGAAAGAAAACAAACAUUAUUUUAGCAAUAUUUUUAAGGAGUUGUGACGACGUUUGGUUAAGUUUGUUUUGUGAAAAGCUGAAGUCUUUUUCUCGAGACGUUUUCUGGACUCAGUGAACCCCUUUGAACCCGUUUAACCUUCGUUUCUCUCCGACCGUUACGACUCCGUACCUUUCCACGUCCUUUUGAAGGCACCGUGGCACUUGGCUGUGGCACGCGGAGAAAGGGGAAAGAGACCUGUGUAGCGUCGAGGGGAGCUGUCCGGUGCUGAAACCACGAGACCGGCUCAGGUUAGGCGGAGAACUGGGGAGCUGUCUGCGUGCUGAAGACUAACGGUUUGGAGCCAGAAGAAAACAGUCGUCUUUCUUUUUCAAGCAACGGAAUUCAACAAAUUAACAAGCUCCACGGGUCUUCCAGUGGCGAGGACAACAGAUUAUUUUGCCCUCAGGUCCAAAACAAAAACAAACGGCAGUCUGUAUUUGACACACCUGAGCAAAAGAAAAUAUUAGGUAUACUAUAAAAAGGCACAUGUGGAGCGCUUGGUUUGUUUAAUCUUUAAAAGCCAUGUCCCCUCUCCACUUUCGAGGCCGUUUGAUUGAAGGGAGCAAAUUCACCUUUAGUAGCUCAAACCAGGGAGUAUAUUAGAGUUACAAUCAGGCGAUUAAGUUUGAAGUGGGUUGAAAGACAAAGGGAGGGUGUGUGUUUAUUGUAUCAGUAUAGAAGCAACGACUGUCCCAUCAUGCCUCGCUCUUUCUUGGUGAAGAAAGUGAAACUGGACGAUUUUUCGGCUGCAGCGCUGGAGAGCUCAUAUGGCCACAGCAGAAGAGAACAACUCAGUCUGCGAUUCCAUCAUCAUGACAAAGGAUACGUCAGCGAUUUUCUGAGUCCAUCUCCUUAUGAUGAUGUAGUGGGAAGUGACUCAUCUGUCAUCUCUAAAGUACCCUCCCCUGACCAUCCAUCAAUCAUCUAUGGCAGCAUCGACGACAACUAUUCUGGUAUCCAUGGUGAUAUCCACGGUGAUUCAGACCAGCCGGACAGCCCGCGUUCUGAAGUGUCAUCAUCAGCUGGUGGAUACAUCAACGGGGACGCAGCUGUAAGCGAGGGAUACACAGUGGAUGCAUUUUUCAUCAUGGACGGACGUUCACGGAGAAAAGCCACGGGAAUUCCCAAAGGAACCACCCAGAGACACACCUGCAGCGAGUGCGGCAAAACCUAUGCCACGUCCUCCAACCUGAGCAGGCACAAGCAGACGCACAGGAGCAUAGACAGCAAAAUGGCCAAGAAGUGCCCCACAUGUGGGAAAGUCUACGUUUCCAUGCCUGCGAUGGCCAUGCACCUGCUGACACACGACCUCAAGCACAAGUGCGACGUGUGCGGCAAAGCGUUCAGCCGGCCAUGGCUGCUGCAAGGCCACAUGCGCUCGCACACGGGCGAGAAGCCUUUCGGGUGUGCGCACUGUGGUAAAGCGUUUGCCGACCGGUCGAACCUGCGCGCCCACAUGCAGACACACUCAGCCUUCAAGCACUACAAGUGUAAACGGUGUGACAAGACAUUUGCACUCAAGAGUUAUCUGAACAAGCACUAUGAAUCGGCAUGCUUCAAGGGGGCAUUCUCACCUAUGAGCUCACUGGGGGAAUGACGGAUGCAAAAAGUUUUUUUUGUUUAUUUAAAUCAGAUUUUACUGGCCUCACUCCCAACUCUUCCCGCUUUCCCCAACAAGACCAGUAUACCUGAGCACUACAAGAGAGGAGUGUUUUCUCUGCUAGGAUCAUGAGGCAAAUGACAAAAAGAGAUUGAGGGCAUGUCCAUUUAUAUCAAUACCCUCCAUUCCCUCUAUGCUCGAUUUAGAUUGUCACCUGCUUCGAUAAGACAUGUCCCUUCUGAAGCUGUUUUGAGUAUCUGUGAAGAUAAAUAAAGCACAGCAUAUCUAGCUCAUCACUUUUGAAGAUACCUAGAUCUAUUUAUGCCUGUAUCUAUCCUC